AUGUACUGUACCUGGAUUGCCAUUCAGGCUGACCUUGGAGAGUCUGUACGAUGUCACAAGCAGGAACAUUACCAUAUUCCUACCAUCUCAGAUGAUCGGGAUAUCGCCACCAGUAAGCAUGGCCAGCUUAACUAUCGAGCGGGGAAAGAGGAGAAGGUGGGUGAUUUCGGAUCUGGGAUGUUGGCUUGUACAGUAGUGACUUUCAAGCUAAGCGACCGUGGUGGCGACGCCCUUGUAGAUCAUUGA